AUGCCAGACCCUCCGCCAGCUCGCUCAGGGCUAUACGCAAACCUCCUCGAGCCCGCAAACACGGCUUCAAUCUCCCGUGCGCCAGUUGUGUUUGCUGCUGCGGGCGCCAACAGCUCGAAGGAUGGAGAUUCUGCAGCAGGAGCAGCAGCUGGGAUGGGAGUAGGUGGUGCGGGAACUGGGGGAUCGGGGCAGAAGAAGUUGAACGCUGCAUCCCUCCGCUUCCAACCAACAAUCACAAAACGCCCACAACCCACAAAACCCACGAAGCCCAAAAUCUCCAUGAAACCCAUCACCGGUGCCCUCAGCAGCACUUCUACCACCAAUAACACCGCCACAAACAACGCCGACCCCACCCCCUCUGCCGCCCCGCGCCCCAUCACAAAAACCACCCUCGAGGACUGGACCGGCGAUGACGAUGUCAACGGCUUCUACGCCAGCUCCUCCAAGCAACACCACCGCAGCAGCAAUACCACAAGCAGCAGCAAAAAGCGCCGCAAAAAGGCGCGCGACACCCCACCGCCGCCCACAAACUGGGACGACGUCUACGACCCCAGCCGGCCCAACAGCUACGAGGAGUACCGUGAGGGCGACGAGAAGGUCAGGGAGAUGCAGGACUGGCGCGAGAGGGUCUAUGGCCGCCGCCACCGCCAGAGGGACGACAGCUGGGGCGGGGACAGUGACGAGGAGGACGGGGGGAGGGACGGCGCGUAUAAGGCGGCGGCGGCAGGGAGGUUUGCGCCGCCGAAGGGGUACUCGUUUGCGCCGCCGCCGUCGCUGGGUGGUAGCGGGGUAGUAAGGUCACAGCCGACGCCUCCACCGCCGCCCCCGCCAGCGGAGGUGCCGGAUGAUGCGUCAGGAGAGGAUGCAUAUGCGCGUCGUAUCCGCAUGUCGCAGAUGGGACAAGCCGGGUACAGUGCUGCUGCUGCUACCGCAACACCGACUCCCCCUCCACCAGCACCAUCAUUCCACCCCCCGCCUCCCCCUCCACCUCCACCACCGCCCCCAGUACAACCAGAAGCAACAAUCUCCCGCGCCCCCGUCCUCUACAACAACUCCGCCCCCGCCCCCGCCCCUCCCACCUCUCCCCCACCAGCACGCUCCACCUCUUCACCACCACCCCAACCCCCGGCCGAAGACGACCGCUCCACCCUCCCUGGCCAAGCCGGCUUCGCCCAGCGCCUCAUGUCCAAAUACGGCUGGAAAUCGGGCACUGGGCUCGGCGCCGACUCCAGCGGUAUCGUGCAACCACUGCGCAUGGUCGCCGCCUCAAAGUCUAAAGAUCUCGCCGGCCGCGGCAAGAUCAUUGACCGUAACAAGCGCGCGAACCCCGACGAGGGGAAGAUCAGUGAGGUGGUGGUGCUGGAGAGCAUGGUGGACGGGCUUCAGGACGAGGAUGAGGCCGUGCUGGUGCAGGAGAUUGGUGAGGAGUGUGAGGGGAAGUAUGGUAAGGUGGAGAGAGUGCUCGUGCACUGGAGGGAGGGGCGCACGAAGAGUAGGGUAUUUGUGGUGUUUACCAGUCAGUUGAGCGCGUUAAGGGCAGUACAAGCGCUCGAGGGACGGCUAUUUAAUGGAAAUACCAUCGGCGCUAAGUAUUUCGAUAGGGAUAGGUUUGAGAAUCGGGACUUCGACUAG